GAUCGCAUCAGGACAUUUUUACUGCAUUUGAUUCAUAUCGGUUACGCUUGUCUUUUGAUUCAUAUCCGACAUUGGAAUGCAUAGAUAAAUAAACAUCGCGCGUCAAAAUGCCGGCAUUCAGUUCGUUAGGGAAUUAAUUGUGCGGGUACCGGCAAACGUGACCUUUACGUACAGCAUCAAUUAAGCGUUGAUUAUGUCGGCGUGCGAGUGUUUCGGCGACCGCAGCCAGGUGCUGUCGCCGCGGGAAUCCAUGUCGCUGCCGCGCGAAAAGGUCAUCUAUGUGCUCUGUCUGCAACCGGAGGAGAAUCAGGCGACGAAAGCGGGAUAUUUGGCCACGGUGGAUGCCGAUCCUGAGUCCAAGGAUUACGGCAAGGUUAUCCAUCGUUUAUAUUCGUCGGAUCCGCGCGACGAACUACACCACUUCGGGUGGAACAGCUGCGUGAGCUGCCGGCACCCGGCCAUCAAACGGCGCUUCCUGAUCGUGCCGGGCCUGGCCAGCGGCAACCUGCACAUUGUCGACGUUAUCGAUCCGCGCGCGCCGGCUAUGCAUAAGGUCAUCGAGGGCGCCGCCAUCCGCGAGCGCUUCAACAUCGCCUACCCGCACACGGUGCACUGUCUGCCUUCCGGCGAGGUCAUGAUCUCCUAUAUGGGCGACACGCAGGACAAGGCCCGUGGCGCCUUCCUCCUGCUGGACGGGCUGACCUUUGAGCCCCAGGGAUUGUGGAAUAAGGGACACGAUGAUACGAAGAUUAUGGGUUACGAUUACUGGUAUCAACCGCGCCAUAACAUUAUGAUUUCGAGUGAAUUCGGGCACCCGAGCAGCUUUAUGAAGGGCUUCAAUAUCGAGGACGCCAAGCCGGCUAGAGAUCUUCUGGGACACUCGCUGAAUUUUUUCGACUGGCACCAGCAGACACUGAUCAAGUCCAUCCGCCUGGGCAACGCCGACGACAUCAACGCCAUACCGCUGGAAGUCCGCUUCCUCCACGACCCGGCCGCCUGCGAGGGCUUCGUGGGGGCGGCGCUGCAGUCCGUCGUCUAUCGCUUCUUCAAAAAGGAUGGAGAAUGGGCAACGGAACCGGUCAUCAAAGUUCCGGCUAAACACGUGGAGAACUGGUCACUGCCGGUGAUGCCGGGGUUAAUCACGGACAUUCUCAUCUCCCUGGACGAUAAAUUCUUGUACUUUGCCAACUGGCUGCACGGCGAUGUGCGGCAGUACGACAUCAGCGACACCCACCAUCCCAAACUUGUCUCCUCGGUCUUUUUCGGCGGCCUAAUCUGCAGCGAUACCGGCAUAAAGGUCACGAAAGAUGAGGAACUGGAUGCGCAGCCGGCGCGGCUAGUUGUUAAAGGUCAUCCCAUCUGGGCGGGGCCUAAUAUGCUGCAGAUGUCGCGCGACGGCCGCCGUCUGUACGUGACCUCGUCGCUGCUGACGCCGUGGGACAAGCAGUUCUACCCGCAAAUGGUCAAGAAGGGCAGCGGCAUCGUCCUGCUGAACUGCACGCCGCAGGGCAUGACGGUGGAUCCGGACUUUUAUGUGGAUCUGGCCAGUGAGCCGGACGGCGCCAUCCGCGGACACGAGGUGCGCUAUCCGGGCGGCGACUGCACCUCCGACAUCUGGAUCUAACCGGCUUAACUUCAUUUCCGUUACAUUAAUUAAAUAUACAUUGGCCAGCUAGUGUGCCGGUUAUAAUGUUCAUUCUUGCAGCUCGUCGUGCUUUAUUAACGUUGUAGGCUCUCUUUUUCUACGCACUGUUUACUGAUGAAAACAUUACUUUAUUAUUAAAGCAUUUUACUAUGAUUUUUUUAUAAUAAUUCUAUACAUUCUACUAAGAUACAGUACUUACUUAUUUUAUCCAAAGUUGAGCGAACUCGUUUUAUGCCGCUUGACGUUGUUGAUCAUGCACGACAUCACAGCGCUGAUGGCGAAUGAAUACUUUUGUGCGAAAAAGUAAAUUGUUUGGAAAACAACAGUGAC